CCGUAACAUCUAUGACUUCCGGUGGCCAAUGUUUACAGUUUUGAUGAUAAAGAAUUAGUACGAUAACACAUAUUAUUAACACGUGAAUUCUAAUCAGAAUCCUUGACCCUAGCCGAUGGCAACUUCAGAGGAGAGUAUGAGAUCACUAGAGGCGAAGGUGGUUGUUUUAGGCUCGCAAGGUGUGGGAAAGACAAGUGUCGUCAUCCGCUAUGUCGGGGGAAUGUUCAGCAAGGCCGUCAGUCCCACAAUCGGCGCUUCAUUCUUCACAUACAAGAUGACAGUGGACAACUACAGAGUCAAACUACAAGUAUGGGACACAGCAGGGCAGGAGAGAUUCAGGUCCAUGGCCCCAAUGUACUACCGGAAGGCCAAUGCUGCCAUGUUGGUUUAUGACAUCACUUCCUCCGACAGUUUCUAUGACAUCAAAGACUGGGUCAAAGAACUGAAGAAAAAUGUCGACACACCAAUAGUCAUGUGUCUUAUUGGAAACAAGGCCGACCUUGACAGUGGAAGAAAGGUCAGUGUGGAAGAUGCCCAAGAAUAUGCCGAAUCCAUUGAUGCCCUUUUUGCUGAAACAUCGGCACUGAAAAAUAUCGGUAUCGAGGAGGCGUUCCUCCAGGUGGCGAAGCAGCUGAUAAAAGUAUACGAGACACAUCCCAAUUCUGGACUCGGGCAACGCGGAACCUCCACCAAACCCAGAUCUCUUCAGCACAGAUGCCGUAAAACUCGCAGAGAAACCAGCGCCAAAACAUCAAGAGAGUGAUGGAUGUGGCUGCUGACGAAAACCCAGACCUUCUUGUUCCAUAUCACUGAAAUCUUCAGGAAGUCACGUGAUCACAUCCGGCAGAAGUCAUGAUCACAUCCGGCAGAACAAUGAGCAGCGGCAAUGUUUCCGUUGACAGGUUCCUGGCAGGACGUGUCCUUCGUGUACAUGGUCUAAAGACUAAUUAGGCUAAACCUUCAUUUUAAUGCAGCAGUUAUGAUAUGCAGUGGCAGACCCAGGGUUGCUAGGCAACGGUCAUUUAUUCCAGGUAGGUGUGGACAAAGGGAAUGGGAGGUUGAAGAACAGAAGGUAAAGGUGAAGGUCACCAAAACAUAUGAGUGUCAAGGGAAUUUUCCCAAGAAGUGAAAUGCAUGCUGGGGAACAACCAUGUUAUAAUGGACUACAUAACAAGGUAUACAGUGAGUUUACUGAGCAUUUUCCAAAACUAUGACAAACAUUAAGGGAGGGUUCUUGUUUUCACUUGAUUAUUUUGUCAAUAAACACCACCCCUGUAAUAAAUGACCGGUUCCUCAACUAGGGUAAAAAAACCCUCUUUUUUUUAAGAAUAUAUUUCAUUAUCAUCGUUUUUAUCAUGAGUCAUUGUGACUGAGCUUAGCUGAAAUAUACAAAUUUUUGUCAUUGUGGACCCUCUUAGAUUGUAGCAAUUAUCUCAGAAAACAUUAUAGCAGAGAGUUAGGAGUAUAACUUUUAAUAUUAUACUUUGGUUCAAACUUUACUGUUGAGUUUGACCAAAAUGUUGUGAAAAAAUAUUCAAAUAUUUUAUUCUACUUUUUGUUUCAUA